GCUUUACCUCGGCUGAUAUUUGUGAAAAAGUUGCCAUUGCGAACUCCCGCUUCACCUUUUGUCCUGAGACAUGUUAACACGAUUGUAUUGUUGGUUUUGCUCCAUAAAAUUGCUCUCAGUCUUCGAAAGUGAUAGCUGAGCUCGACGGAGAAACGAGUCUCUUCCUAAAGUGCCGCGGUCUUUCUUUCGCAGUUUGCAAUCCCACGAUCUUCAUAUGCUACCCCUUCCAGUCCGACAACAUGCGGGCGCACAAUAUCGAAAUCAGCACAGCUUACGGGCGUUAGCUCUCGCUGGACCCUUUGUGCGAUCAGACAUCCCUUCUCCGUUUCACCCUCCAGUUCUUCCGCGAUGGGUAGGCUGCACCUCCCCUGGCCGCAGCCACCACCAAGUCCGCUCCCUUACAAUAUCGAGACCAUCGUUAGAAUCACAUAAGUCAGGCCUGAAGACGCCAGCUACACGUGAUGGCGUGGUUCUCUCGUCGAAUGCACUUUCGCGAGCUGCAAAAUAUCGGACACUCGCGACUCUCUUACAAGAGCGCGGCAAGAAACUGGUUCCGGAGGGCGCAUCCACAUCAGAUGUCGCGUUCGAAGAUGUAUUAAACAUAGUGGAGGCUGAAGAAAACAUGGGCUCGAUUCAUUCCAAAGUAGCAAGACGACUCCGUGAUGUCUUUCCCGGACGUUCGCUCCAAGAAGUCAUGGGCGAGUUGGAGCUUCUCGAGGACAGGCAAUUGCGGAGAUCGUUGGCUGGGCAGAAACUUACGUUCGAUGAACGAACAAAGAGCACCUUGAUAAACCUGGGCCUGGUGGACGAGAGCAAGGACGACCAAAUUCAGCAAUCUCCAGUUGAAGAUGAUGAUGCCGUACCAGCUUCGAACCAGAACCCGCAUUCACUCAGGGCGACCGCAACCCAACCACUGAUACGCCGCCAUUCAGGGGGUGGUAGGGUACGCCCGUUUCUUUCUAACAGAACAAGUUUACAAGGAUCGGAGUCGAAGUCUGAGCUACAUAAAGACAAUGGCUUGUUGGAGAACCAAGAAGAAAUCAAUCUGGAAGGAUUCGACUUUACCCCUUUGAAUGUGGAAAGAUCGCAGGUACCACAGCUAAGCCAUGACUUGUCCCGCGUGCUAUUCAACCCUGGAGUCUAUCAGUUGCAAGAUCCUAGAUCAAGAGUCUGGAAUUUUGAUCCGUACUUGGGAAAAUUGAUGCCCGUGUCCGAGUUCAACUAUGAUGCUUUGAACCAGUACAUCACCUCCUCUCAGGAUCAAACACUCCGUGACGUGGCUUUACAGCACGACAAGCGAUACAUCGGGUCUACAUCGAGCAUGUCUGGCACUUUGGCUCAUUUUCAUUUUCUUCUUUCGAGGUGGCGCGAACUGACCCUGGACCACCUCUCCCGAGGCUUUCGAGACGAUGGACAUCAGUUCACGAAGAUACAACGAGGACCUUCUGCCAUCUUUCUCAAGUACAAAGACGGAGUGUAUGCAGUUGAUGCAGAUAAAGAAUAUGAUUCCGCAAAUAUUCUCAUGAGCUUGGGCCGGUCGAUGGAAAAGCUUUUGACUAACGACAAAGACGUAUUCGAGACGUACAGAAAGACGCGUGGCGAGGACGAAGUUGUUCAGCCUCAGCCUUCAGAACCCGAAGCUUAUCACUACACCGAGUUAGGCUCCUUCCUGAUCAGGUCGCAGCUUGAUGCAUAUGACCCAAGGCUUCCCGGCACAGGCAUGUUUGAUCUGAAAACCCGUGCAGUAGCUGCCGUCCGAAUGAUGGUACGAAAGCACGAACAGGGCGUUGGUUAUCAGAUCAAAGAACGAUUCGGGACAUGGGAAUCGUAUGAACGGGAGUACUAUGACAUGAUGAGGUCUGCGUUUCUCAAAUACUCCCUUCAAGUGCGCAUGGGAAGGAUGGACGGUAUUUUUGUGGCCUAUCACAAUACGGAACGUCUCUUUGGGUUUCAAUAUAUUCCGCUCUCAGAAAUGGACCUUGCCUUGCACGGGCAGUCCGAUCCGACUCUGGGUGACCGCGAAUUCCGCUAUAGUAUCAAGUUACUCACCGAGGUUUUCAAUGCAGCAACCGAGCGCUUCCCGAAGCAGUCGUUACGUUUUCAUUUCGAAACAAGAGAGGCUACCCAAGCACAUGCUCCUUAUAUGUAUAUCUUUGCUGAGCCGGUCACAGACGAGGAGAUUGUCGAAAUCCAAAACUCCAACCGCGAAGAAAUCGAAGCAUUUGAACAACGCAUCUUCAAUCCAGAGAAGUUUAAGAAGUCGCACAACACAACUCCCGAAAACACGGAAACCGAAGACAAUGGAAUGGAGAUCACUAUGAACACUGAUUGCCAAAAGAUAUCGGGUGAAGCCGCAACGCCUGGCGCAUCAAAUCGUCAGUCGAAUGCAGCUGAUGUUGAGUUCCUGGAAAGUAUCAUGGGGGUGGAUUUACCCGCCGUCAAAACGCCAGCGCCAGAGAAGCCAGCCCCGUCACCAAAGGCAGAUGUACCUGCGGACAAACCCUUAUUAGGCUGGAAACUCAACAUUACAAACUUGGUGAACAAGCUUCCGGUUGACCGUCCCCAGGACUUGAAACAGAACGACAGUUGGAGUGUACGAUACAGUUUGGUCCCUAUGAAGGAUGCUGCCACCCGGCGCAACUACGUUCUGUGCAAAAAUAGGCGGAAGUCGGUGUUGCAGGCGCCUCAAGACGAAGAUACCUCUGUCCAGUAUUAUAUUCAGCGAUUGGUGUCGAUGAGCAAGGAAGGGGCUAAGUGGCGUCAAAAACUCGACGAAUUUGACGCACAACGGGAAAAGGUUGUGCUCUAUGGCGAUCGAAUCCCUGGCGACCAGACAGAGUGAAUGAUGCGAUGACGGAUUGUGUAUAACAGUAGAAUAUGGAUUGUUGCACCCUGGGGUCCGAGAUGACUCCUGUACCAUCAAAACGAGGGACUUGUGUUUGAUACAUAUGUACAGAUUCAGGUGGGUCUUACUAUAUUGUCCUUCUGUCCGCUGGUGCUGGGCCUGGAUAUGUACAGCACAAUGGCGUUGGACAAGCUGCACCAGGGGGCCAAAAAUCGUUCAAGACAUUGGGAGAAACAUGUUUCAUUAGCGGCAUCUAGAAUUACAGGUGGUAGUGCAAAAUCGCAUGUGGAUGGCACGUGCCGA